AUGCACUAUUUAAUUAAAAAUGUUAGAAAAUCUGUGGAAGAUAAAGUUCCCGUUAUUCGUCCAAUGUGGUGGGCAAGUGAUGACGAUGAAGCAUUAACAAUUGAUGAUCAAUUUAUGGUCGGAUCUGAUUUAGUUGUUGCCCCAGUAAUUAAAUCUGGCCAAAAGACCCGAAAUGUUUACCUUCCUGAAGGUAAUUGGCGAAAUGGGAAUAAUGUUUCCGAAGUUGUUAAAGGCCCGACAACAAUUAAAGAUUAUCCGUCUCCAUUGGAUGUUCUUCCUCAUUUCUAUCGAACAGAUUCUGAUGACUCAGGCAAUGGUAGUUCUUCAAUUUUUGGAUCAUCUAUGGGAUUAUUUAGUUUAAUAAUUUCGAUAAUAAUUUCUUUAUAUUUUUUAAAUUAA